AUGUUCAAAUACAAAGCAUAUACGCCAAAAUCUAAAGGCGGUGGUGGUAGAAAGUCUAAUAGAAGGCUGCAAACGGCGUCUGACAAUAGCGAUCACACUGAGGACAGGAUUUCAAUUUCAUUUCAAGAGAGAAGACAUUCUUUGAAGCGUUCAAAAUGGUUUAACGAGGUAGAAUCCAUCUUCAAUUCUCUAAUUGCCGCCGAGGAAUGGCCAGUACCAAAGCGUAUUGUUGCACUUGGAUUGGGCAGCUUCGAAUCAAAUUCCAACGCUUUAGAUCAACUUGUAGUUUUGGAAUGGCUCACUCAACGCUUACAAAUUAAUUCGAAUCGUGUCACUGUCUUUGAUCCAGUUUCAACCGAGUUUGACGUGAAAUUUUUGGAUAAAUUUGGAUUUAAACAUGGCGUUGAUGGUGACAAUAGCACUAUGAACAACACUAACACGCCCAACAAUACACCCACAAACACCCUCCUAUACAUGCCUCAUUGCGAUAAAUCCCUCUACGAAGAAACGCUAAAAUCUUACUGGAAUCCACAGUCACUGCCUUGUCUUGUUUUGCUAGGUAAUGACCUCUCACUCUACUCACAACGACAGAAGGACACUGAGAGAAAGAGCCUAGUAACAAAAUUUUUAACAUUCUCACAGCAAUCACCACUCCCAACACCCCCUGAGGACCUCCUCAACAGCUUCAAUGAGCUGCAUUUCUUCACGACCUGCAAAGCCAGCAAGGUGAAUUUAACGCCGCUGUCCAACUCCCCUUCGUCUGUAGUGCACGUACCCACAAGUCGGCGUAUAGCGUGGAAGAAGCUGCCUGCAAUAUCGCCCAUACACCGCCUACGGCUGUACAAGCAACUAAGCAAAGCGCGCUUGACGUUCCUCGUAACGCUCACUUCGAUGGCUGGAUAUGCACUGUGUCCGGAGAGCGAGGGAGGCGGAGGAGUGCAGCACGAGGUCAGCACGCUCCUCAGUACAGCCAGUGGCGUCGCGCUGUGCUCAGCUUCCGCCAACGCUUUCAACCAGAUGCUGGAGGUGCCACUCGAUGCGCAGAUGGCACGCACGCGCAUACGUCCACUCUGCACACGCCUCCUGUCGCCGCUCCACGCCGUUGUGUUUGGUGUGGUUGCUGGUGUGGCUGGUGUGGGCGUACUGAGCUACGGCGUUAACAACACAAGUGCCACACUCGGUGCUGCCAAUAUACUCCUCUACAGCGCCGUGUAUACACCUCUCAAACGCGUCCACAUUGUCAACACCUGGGUGGGCAGCCUCGUUGGGGCUAUACCCCCGCUAAUUGGUUGGACCGCGUCUUGUGGUGGUGAAUUGGGCGAUUUAAACAAUUUCAAACACACCGCUGCACUCUCUGCCUUGCCGUAUGUGUUGUACACCUGGCAGUUCCCCCAUUUCAACUCCCUCGCUCAUCUCCUUCGCCCUCAGUACGCUGCUUGCGGUUAUAAGAUGCUAAGUGUUACGAACCCAUUGAAAAACAGCAUCGUUAGCACCAGGCAUGCUCUGUUUAUGCUCCCUCUCACUGCCAUCCUCUUCCCGUGGUCGGGUUUGACGACGUGGGGAUUCAGCUACACUUCCACACUCCUCAACGCCCCUUUUGCAUGGCUUUCGCUCAUGUUCUACAGAGAAAUCAAGGCAAACAGACCAGGCGAUAAGGCUGCUCGACGACUCUUCCACGCCUCUCUCAUUCACCUCCCGCUCACUCUCGUCCUUGCCAUGUAUCACAAACGGAGCUCGAACCACAUAGACAACUACAUAGGAGGAGCAAGUGGCACAAGCAGAAGCAUAUGA